UUUUUACCAAUAUCAUAGUUAUCAUUAUUCUGAUGACCUGAGUUAUUAUCUGAUUAGUACUGGAUAUCAUUUGUAUAAAGUGUUUCAGCAUUAACAUUGUGUGAUUGUUUACCUUUUUUGAUGGAAAUAUAAUCAAAGUUUUUUUUCUAAAGAUGUUUCGUACAACAUGAGCUGAUCCAGGAAAUCAUUAACUUAAGUCUUCUUAUCUGCUUAUAAUUGUGAACCUUAAAAGAGUUAUAAUGUCAGAGUCACCAAAAGCUCUUCAGUUUGCUCCAUUCAGCAGUUUUCUGGAUGGAGGUUUCUGGCACCAGUUAUGUCACAACAAGCUCAAUGUUUAUGGACUGGAUGACUCUCCCAAGCCCCUUCAUGGAACAUACUUCAAUGGUGAUGCUGAGGGUAUGCCAUGUAGAAUGAGUCUAGAGCACUCGUCUUUUGACAUGGAAACAAAGACACCAAGCCAGUGUUUCAGAGCUGAGGGAAAUCUGUAUAAUAGGAACACCAUUGAUGACUUCAAAACCAUUGACAAGAAAGAGCUACUUGACAAAGAAGGAGCAGAGGUAUGGAAAGCAAUAACAUCAGGGGCGGCAAUCCAGAACCCCGGUUUGUUGAGUCGUCUGAUGGUGCUCACAUUUGCAGACCUGAAGAAGUAUCAUUUCUACUACUGGUUUGGUUUUCCAUGUGUGUGCCCUGCAGAGGACUUCACCAUUGCCCAAACCUUGUCAAUGACUCAGGCAUUUUGCCAACAAGAGCUUGACGAGCUGUUGGAGAAUUACGUUACGUAUCAGAGUGGACCAGAAUGUGCAUCGGGAUAUUUCACCCUUGUAAAGGACAAAUCAGGGUCCAGCUUUUUUGACUCACUGGCAAAUACCCAGAAACAUCUAGAUGCAGGGGAAAAAGUGGUGUUCACGUUUGCAGACCCCUGCACUAUGCCAGAAAAUCCAGGAUGGCCUCUCCGCAGUUUCCUGGCCCUGAUUUCAUAUCAUUGGGGAAAGCAACUAAGGGGAGAGGCAGUCGUGAUGUGUUUUCGCUACAGAAGUAAAGCAGGACAGCAUGACGCUGGUCACAGUCUGGUAUUGAAAGUCAACUUGUCCAGUAUGGAUGACAAGUCUACGUGUCCACGGUGUGUGGGUUGGGAGAAGAAUGAAAGAGGAAAGCUGGGGCCUCGCCAUGUCAACCUCAGUGCUUCCAUGGACCCUGCCAGAUUAGCAGAGUCAGCAGUUGACCUUAAUCUGAAGUUGAUGCGCUGGAGACUGUUACCUGAACUUGACCUUGACACAGUGGCUAAGACAAGAUGUCUGCUCCUGGGGGCUGGAACUCUGGGAUGUAAUGUGGCCAGAAAUCUUCUUGGUUGGGGAGUGCGAACUAUCACGCUGGUGGACAAUGGUCGAGUGUCAUACAGUAACCCAGUCAGGCAGACAUUGUUUGUAUUUGAUGACUGCAGAUCGGUCCCCGGUGGACGCCCAAAAGCUGAGGCUGCUGCAGAAUCACUGAAGAAAAUCUUCCCUGGAGUGAAUGCUGAGGGGGUCAGUUUAUCCAUUCCAAUGCCGGGUCAUACAAUAACUGAGAGUGCAAUAGAGCAAACACGAGCUGACGUCGCUCGUCUUGCGGAGCUAGUGGAGUCACAUGACGUGAUCUUCCUUCUCCUAGACACGAGGGAGAGUAGAUGGCUGCCAACUGUCAUGGCUGCAGCUAUGGGAAAAACUGUGAUAUGUACAGCACUGGGAUUUGACACAUUUCUGGUGAUGAGACACGGUAAUCAGUCAUAUGAACCGGUUCCUAGCCCUGGACCCACACAGAAGCUGGGCCAAAUGAUCACUGGGGACCAGCUUGGGUGCUACUUCUGUAAUGACGUCGUUGCUCCUGGGGAUUCCACAAGAGACAGGACCUUGGAUCAGCAAUGCACUGUGUCAAGACCUGGGAUGUCAUUCAUUGCCAGUGCUCUAGGUGUGGAGUUACUGGUCUCCAUCUUACAACACCCAGACAAGGGCCGCGCUCCAGCAGAUACAGGAAAUGAGGAAGCCAGUGAUCAUCCUUGUCCUCUUGGGCUGGUCCCUCAUCAGAUCCGAGGUUUUUUGUCCCGAUUUCAGCAAAUUAUGCCGGCCAGCAGAGCGUUUGACAAGUGUACCGCAUGCUGCCAAAAGGUUAUAGAGGAGUACCGUAGUGGGGGUUUCAACUUCCUGUUAAGGGUGUUUAAUGAGCCCCACUUUCUGGAGGACCUCACCGGCCUGACACAGAUGCACCAGGAGACUGCCGAAGCAGAGAUCUGGGACUUUGAUGAUGAGGAAUCAUUUUCUAGCAUGGAGGCUUCCUGAUUAAGUGGAAAACUUUACAACUUGAGGUGCUUCGAUUUUAUGUCCUAGAUGUGACUGCACAGUCAUUUAAAUUGGACAGCAAAACGGAUCAAAUUUCAGAACAGUGACUGAUAUUGCAAUGUAUUUUGACUGUUAUUAGACAGUAGGAUUUUAAUUAUAUUUCACUGUUAUAUUUCUAUAAAGCACGGCAAAACAUAUAACAGAAAUGGAUAACAUUAAAUAAUGCGCACAUUAUAUAGCGAUGUUGUAUGUACACGUAUUUAGCUGUAUAAAUCAGCAAAUAAGUAAAUUAUGAUAUCACAUGUUUAUUAUUCAAUUUCUUAAUUUAUUAAACUUGUUUUCUAAAGUUAUUGGCAAUGUUUGCUUUUAUAGAUUAUAGAAAACUCUUUAUAAUACAUGUUAUUGUUGCAAUAAAAUCAUUAAAGAUUUGAAAAAUGAAAACUAAAAUUACUCAUUUAUGUCCUAUGCUUUGCAAAUGAUUUUUGGUUUAUCAUACCAGGAAUAUAUUUUGUACUGUAAUAACUUGACACAAAUCUAUGACAUACAGUGGUCAUUAAAUUAUUCAUCUAAUUCAAAUUUACCUACAUGUACCAUUAUUUUAACAAAUCCUAAAGAAGUAAUCAAAUUGUCGUGUUUAAUUUCAUAAUUUCUUCUUUGUUUAUAUGUAUGUUUAAUUAUUUGUGUCCAAAUGUUACCAAGUUCAAUGAAAAUAAUGAAUGAUAAAUUUGUUUUUUCACUGAAAAUUUAUUUAUAAACUUUUAAUCAUAUUCAUUCAAUUCUAAUGUCAAUAUUUCCACAAUAAGAAAAUUGUUAAUAUUGUUUUAUUAAAUAAAUAA